GUAUGGGAGGAAGAAAAUUCAAACUUUACAACCCAAAGAAAUUGGAAAAAAAAAGUGUGCUGUCAUGUCACUCCCAGUUUCAAUUAAGCUAACACCUGAUAUCAAAGUAUUCCCGAUAUCAAUUCCUCUCAAGGCACUGGAGCAAGACACAGACUACACAGUGAAGCUUCCUAUCCAACACUUUUUUUCCGCUCCGCUCCUUACUACACAGGCGUUGAAACUGAGGCUAGAGAAGAAAACUCUUCCACUUCUUUGGAGCAUGCAUCUGGGAUGCCAAGAUUCUUUGCUGUUGUGCAAAAUGAGCCUGGCUGAAGGUAUACAUGUAGCACCAGUUGUACAGGUUUCUCUGCGCAUUAAUGAAGAUCUCUCGUGGAGCGUUUCAUUUGUUGGUCGAAUCAUUCCUCCGAAUGCACCAUCAAUGUUGAGCCUCCCACCAACGAUCAAAACCAUCGAUGACAUGACUACCCUGCUGGAUUUUUUCGCCAACUGUCAACUUUGCUGUGGUAGCAAGGAAGAGAAACUGUUGAAUGUAAUCAAACACAAGGACUCAACACUCCAAGGUCAAAACUCUGCAACGAUUGACACAUCCUCGUGUCAGCCCACAGUGAGGCAUAGAGACUGCCACUACCUCCUACCACCAUCUUCUAGCUGUGUACGAUGCCCAAAAUGCACUCGCCAUCGCUCUUCUCUUCUAAUACAAUCUAAGCGCCUGGAAAAUUCUACUCCAUCAAAAAAAACCAACUAUCGAUUCCUCUCCAAACAAGGACUUGUUGAUCGAGUACAACUGGUUCACUCACAAGUGAAAGUGAUGACAAAAAGAAAUUUGAGACUGAAGAAGAAACUCGAAACUCAAUUCGAAGAAAAUGGUAUGACUGUGAGUGAGGAGACACACAAUGACCUCGCUACAGUUAUUGAGAGGAAUUCCGACACAGUUGACUCUCUGCCUCCCAACUCAUUUCAACGCCUGUUCUGGGAGCAGCAAUUAAUAGCCAUGUCCAAGCCAAGUUCGAAGGCCAAGGGUGUACGUUACCAUCCUCUCAUGAUCAGAUGGUGCUUGUAUCUUCAGUAUCAUUCAAGUGGAGCGUAUAAUCUCUUGAGAGAGAGUGGGAUUCUCAAACUCCCAUCUAGCCGCACCCUGCGUGAUUAUACUCAUUUCGCUAGUGCCAAGCCAGGAUUUUCAGUCGAGGUGGAUAAGAUGUUAAUCGAUGCUUCUAAGGUUGCUAGUUGUCCAGAGCGAGAAAAAUACAUACUGCUUCUCCUGGACGAAAUGCACGUCAAAGAAGAUUUAAUUUUCAACAAGCAUUCGGGGGAGCUGAUUGGAUUUUCCAAUCUUGGUGACAUCAACAACCAUUUGGAAGUCUACUUACGGUCUCUUGACACUGACAUUGAACAGUCACCUCCCCUUGCCAAAUAUUUAUGGUGCGAGGGCUAUUUACGAAGAUGCAGUUUGCGUACGCACAGUUCCCGUGUUGCUCUCGUGCUAGGUGUCACAAUGGACGGGUGUGCUGUCAACAGACGAUUUAUGAAGUUGCACCAAUCCUCCGACUCAUUUUUCUACAAAAUCACGAACCCCUACACCUCAGAGAGUCGGCCAAUUUUUUUCUUCUCAGAUCCUCCUCACCUUAUGAAAACCGCUAGAAAUUGUCUAUUCUCUACAAAAAGAGAAACUGUGGGUAAGUAUACUUGCAGAUAUAGCUAUACUGGCGUGAAUGAGGGGAAAGACAUCACGAGGCAGCACGUUGUGACUCUUUAUGAAGAGGACCAGAGGGGUGGUCUGGGUCUAAGAGUCCUACCCAAGCUUAAGUACGAGCACCUUCAUUUGACCUCUUUUUCCAAAAUGCGAGUGGAUUUAGCUGCACAGGUGUUGAGUGAGUCCGUUUCAAAGGCACUUACUUUAAGGGGUGGAGAGGCAGCCGAAGGAACAGCCUGUUUCUUGCUACUCAUGAAUAAAUUCUUUGAUUGCACAAAUGUGAAGAAUUAUUCAGCUGGUGCCAGGUCACCCAAACCAUUUCAGCUACCCUACUUAAGUGCGGAGGGUGAGAGGCUAACGUGGCUGAAGGAUGUCUUCUUGGUAUAUCUGGACAACUGGGAGAUUUCUGUCAAAGAGAGAGGGGCUUUCAGCAAGAGGGAGCAGAACAAGAUGCAGCUGAGCCAAGAAACAUUGCUAGGACUUCGAAUGACAAUUUUCUCUCUUAUCGAGUUGGUGAGAUUUGUAUUUACAAUUCCUGGGGUGAAGUCAUUUCUUACUCAAAGGAUCUGCCAAGACCCCCUAGAAAAUUUCUUUGGAUGUCAAAGACAAAGGGGAGGGACACACGACAAUCCCACCGUUGCCGAAUUUGAAAAAAACAUGCAGGCAUUAAGAGUGAUCAAUUCCUUUGCGAGAGGUCCUGCCAAGGGUAAUUGCAGAGGAUUCAGUAAUGAAAGUAUUUUGACUGAUAAAGAGAACACACCAUUACCUAAACGUCGCAAGACUAGAAAAAAUUAAUUUUUGUAAUCACAUACCCGCAUUGCCAAUUUCUAUAUAUCCAUGCGAUGCAUGCAGCUGUUUUCCCAACAUUAAAUUUUCAUGUUAUAAGGGUUGACCAUUAUAAUAAUUAUUGUACUAUGGUUGCACCAAAGAUCAAAGGCUUCAGUUGUAGUUUAUACUACUUAUACAACCUGUCUGACCACAGCCAUGGUAUAUGGCAGUUAUACCCGUACCCUAGUGUAUAACUGCCAUAUACCAUGGCUGUGGUCAAACUACAUGUACAGCUAGAACUGAAUACAGUAUCCCACCUUUGCAAUAAAAUUGACACACUGUUUCAAUUAAAACAAUGACACACUACUCAAUUCAAUCAAUAUUAGCAAUAUUAGAGUUAGAGAGAAUUCAAUACAAAACAGACUACUAAUGAUUUUAGUCAACAUAAAAAGAGCCAAGUUCGAGCGAUGAAUAGUUCCAAAAAGGAGGCAAAUUUCAAAGAACUCCGUGAUCGUGAAUCGAACGAUACUGGUUUGUUUGUGUUGCUUUUUUUCAACUUUCAACAUUGGUUGUCACAACCUGCUUAUUACAUUGCUGCAUGGGACCAGGAGCAGUAAGAAGGGUCCAGACUGCCAA